AUCUACCCAUAUUCUCAAUUUAUACUCUCCCCACUCUCCAGGAACUUAUAACAUAGUCCCAUGCACUCUGCUUCUAACUUCUAACCUCUCUCUCUAAUGUCUCUCUCUCUAAUGUCUUUGACAAAUGAUCGACCUCAGAAAAGAGUGAAGACAAAAGGAGCAUGGACGGCCGAGGAGGAUCAUAAACUGGCUCACUGCAUUGAAAUUCAUGGUGCAAAGAGAUGGAAGGCUAUUGCAUUGAAAUCAGGCUGGUUUGAUUUUCCUGUUUCUUCAGGCUUGAAUCGAUGUGGGAAGAGCUGCAGGUUGAGAUGGCUGAAUUAUCUAAGACCAAACAUCAAGAGAGGCAACAUUACUGAUGAGGAAGAAGACCUGAUCGUUAGGCUUCAUAAAUUAUUAGGGAACAGGUGGGCUUUGAUUGCGGGAAGGAUUCCAGGACGAACCGACAACGAAAUCAAGAACUAUUGGAAUUCUCAUUUGAGCAAAAAGAUGAGUGAGGAUAAAGCACCUUUAACUUCAGGUGCAGACGAGACGAUGUCCAGGAACUCCUGGGAGCACAUUGCCUUGUCCGUUGAGGACGGCGCCAAAGAAGUAAGGAACUCGGAGAUUAACUUCAAUGUGGACGAGUUCUUCAGCUUCCCCACAGAAGGUUCCAACCAUUUGGAGUGGGUGAACAAGUUCCUAGGACUCGAGGAUGAUCCAUGCUCACUGUGAAGAGGCGAACAUGAUGUAGAACAUGAAAGAUGUGUCACGCUUCAAAAAAUAGAAACUUAAGUAAACAAUAAUCAAUUUAAACAUUUAUAGUUGAAAUAAAAUUUGCUACUAUAUGUAUGCUGGAAGUCUGGUUUAUAUGACUGCAUUUGGUUUGUUCGCCACGCAA